ACUAUUACUACGGUAUUCUAUGAAUAAAAAUACCUAAAAAACUCUAUUAAACAUGUAUUCAAAAAUCUAUGGUUUUAAAGAUAUAAAUGAAAAUAUUUUCAAAAGACAGUCUGUCUUUUUGAAACUCUGUCUCUCCGAAAGAAGUCGAAUGCUGACCACGUGACCGUCUUAUUAGCAUAUCGCGCGAUAAACAAAACAAAAAUGGCGGAAGACGAAGUAAGAGAAAAGAAAGCGAAAAAAAGAGGAGGGAGAGUAGCCACUCUGACAACAUCAGAGAGAAAAAGAAGGAAGAAGGAGUACAACCAGAAACUGGCAGGAAGUAGAAUUUACAUUGGAGGAGCAAUUGAGAAGUGGAAAAGUCUUCAACAACAGACGAAAACGAAGACGGACGAAGAAAUGGCGACAAUGUUGCUGGAACGAUUUGAAAAUGAAGCAGCGUUUAAAGAACCCCAGAGCGUCCACACCUCUAUGGCCAUGAAAACUUCUACACCAGCAGCUUCUUCCAUCAUAUCAAGAUUAAAAAACAAAGAAUAUGACAGAACACCAUCCAUGUCAGAGAUAUCUGCUGAUUCAGAACAAGAACCUAUGUCAGGAGUGGAGGAAUUGCAAGUUUCCGGUCCUGAAGAUCCAGGUACUAGAAAAAAAAUUACAAAUAUGAAACCUACUGCAGAAGCUACACCAUCUAGCCGUUCUCGGAAACCAAAGAAGUGGUCAGAUUCAUUUUGUGAUCCUUUGAACUUGUCCAUUGACAUCUCAGUACAAGACUCAGAUUUAGAGGCAGUAGACUCAGAAGAGGAUGACCCAAACUACCAGCCAAGUUUUGAUGUCACAGCUAUUCUGUAA